GCACGACAGUUUGCGAAACACCAGCAGAGUCUCACACAGCGCAUACAGCUUGAUUGCGGCGAGUGGCAGGAGGCACCAUGAGGCUGGGAGGCCCUCAGUCCUUCCUGCUGAGCCCCAGCACCUCUGCAACAUCCGAGGUGGGCGUGCUGAUGUCGCAGCGGUCGUCCGAGGUGGAUGCUGUGGUGCGGGAGUUCCACGAGGCCCUGGCCCGCUCCUCCGACAUGGCGGUGGCGGUGGCGGCCAUCCAGGCGCUGACGACGGUCAUCAAGAACAGCAGCGCCCAGACGAUGAUGGGGCUGGAGAAGGAGCUGAAGGACGCGGCAGCCUCGCUGCAGAACUGCAACCCCACCGCCAUCUCGCUCAAGGCCGGCUGUGAGCUGUUCCUACGGUACACCACGCGCACGUCGGCAAUAGAGGCAAACACCUUUGCGGCGGCCAAGAAGCGGCUGAUAGAGCGCGGGCAGCACUUUGCAGAGACGUCCAAGCGAGCGCGGGCCACAAUAGCGGAGCUUGGGGAGCGCUUUGUGCGCAAGGGCAGCACAGUGCUGGUGCACGGCCACUCGCGUGUGGCGAUAGCAAUCCUGCGGAAGGCGGCGGCGGCGGGCAAGCAGUUCAGCGUGAUAGUGACCGAGGGGCGGCCGGACGAGACGGGGCUGACCAUGGCGCGGGUGCUGGAGGAGAUGCGGGUGCCAACCACUGUCAUCCUGGACUGUGCGGUGGCAUAUGCCAUGGAGCGGGUGGACCUUGUGUUGGUAGGCGCUGAGGCGGUGGUGGAGAGCGGCGGCGUGAUCAACAAGCUCGGCACCUACCAGAUUGCCAUCGCGGCCAAGGAGCACAACGUGCCGGUCUAUGUGGCGGCAGAGAGCUACAAGUUUGCCAGGCUGUUCCCCCUGAACCAGCGCGACCUGCCGCUGGAGCGCAAGCAGCUGGACUUUGGGCCGCUGCUGCCUGCCAGCGUGGCCAUUGACAACCCCUCACGCGACUACACGCCGCCGCAGUACAUCACCUUGCUGUUCACCGAUCUAGGCGUCCUCACCGCGGCAGCUGUGUCGGAUGAGCUCAUCCAGCUGUAUGUUUAG